UAUUGCGACUUUUCUUUCUUCAGAUGGGGUUUGUUUGGAGAACCUAAUUGGAAAACCCCAAUUCUGACCGAUCUGCGAAAAAGGGUCCUCAAAUUUCAUCUGUAAGACCAAUAUCUUAUACUUUUUCAUUAUACUGAUAGUUUUAGAUCUGAAUUAUAUUUAUUCUGUUUAGUAUUUUUGAGUUUUUGUUUGAAUAAAUAUGGAUGGAAACAAAGAUGAAGCUAAAAAAUGCUUGAAAAUAGCAGAAGAUUCGAUCCAAUGUGGGAAUCGAGAACGUGCCUUAAAAUUCUUGAAUAAAGCCCGUCGUUUAGACCCUUCAAUUGAAAUUGAUCAUCUUUUAUCCCAAACUGAUGCAUCCCAAUCUGAAAACCCUAGUUCUAAUGUACCGACACCUGAUUUUUCAUCUGAAAAUGGGCCCCGCCGUAGGGUUUCGAGUAGUGGCGGGUCAUCAGUGGCAUAUAGUGAGGAGCAAGUGACAAUUGUGAAAGAAAUUAAGAGGAAAAAGGAUUACUAUGAGAUUCUUGGGUUGGAGAAAAGUAGUUGUAGUGUUGAGGAUGUACGUAAGGCGUAUAGGAAGUUGUCGUUGAAAGUCCAUCCUGAUAAGAAUAAAGCACCUGGAGCUGAGGAUGCGUUUAAGAUGGUGUCUAAGGCGUUUCAAUGUUUGAGCGACGAGGAGAGUCGAAGUAGGUAUGAUCUUGUUGGAUCUGAGGAGCCUGUUUACGAAAGACGUGCUCAUAGGCAUGCUGGUGGUGCUAGAAUGAAUACAUUUAACGGGUUCUAUGAUGACGGUAAUGUUGACGCGGAAGAGAUUUUCAGGAAUUUCUUCUUUGGUGGAAUGCGUCCAGCAACGACUACUACCCAUUUUAGCUUUGGCCCUAGAGUGGAUGUGAGAUAUCAAGGACCGACUGGGUGGCUGAGGACUUUGAUUCAAUUGUUGCCUGUGAUAUUGAUUUUGUUGUUGAACUUUCUGCCUUCUUCGGACCCGGUUUAUUCCUUUUCGAAGUCUUAUCCCUAUGAUCAUAGGUUAACUACACAAAGAGGUGUGAAUUACUAUGUGAAGACUGGGAAAUUUGAGCAGGAGUAUCCUAUUAAUAGCCCAAAGCAUGUGGCGCUUGAAGAAAAAGUUGAGAAUGAUUAUUUCUCGAUCCUUUCUCACAAUUGUAGGCUUGAAUUGCAGCAACUUCAUUGGGGUUAUCGAAGAGAAACUCCAAACUGUGACUCUCUGAAGCAGUUCCAAGCAGCGGCCUGAUUGAUUGGUGCAAGGUUCAUCGCGUUCAGAGUUAUGUUGAUAUGGUUGACAAUUUUAAGGCCAAGAAACUUAACCUUCUUAGCAAUUAUAAUGGUACUUAAAUGGUGAGUACCAAAUGGGAGAUGUUUGAUUCAGGAGUUGGAAGCCUCAAUGCACCAAAUAGAUUACAGCAAUUCACAAUAAUACUCAGGAGUUGGAACUGUUUGAUUCUGAAUCAUAGUUCUUCGUUUUUACUGAAUCGAAUUGACACCCCUUUGUCGGGAAAUUACAGUAUCUAGCUACGUAAUUUUUUUCUUUUAUGUAUAAAUACUACUAUGUUGAAUUCCUUUUUCGUGUGGUUAAUUGUUUAUAUUUUGACUCUCCUUACUGAAAAUCCUGAUUCUGCUAUUGCAGUGA